UAGAUUAUCAAUAGUAUAAUGUAUAGGUAGAUCCCAUUAUCAAUCUGAUCCUGAAUGGUCCACUUGCAAGGGAAUAUAAAAUUCUUUCUUAGCCGUUACAAGCACAUAACUUGUCUGUCUUUUCUCUCACCAGCUACUGUAUAUAUAAGUAACAAAAUGUUGGUGUCUUAGCCAUCAUUUAACUCUUCAUUUUUACAAUGGCAAUAUCCAUGUUCAAGUUAAUGUUUCCUCUACUAUUCCUAUCCUUGAUUGUUCCAAAAACUGCAAACGCCGAAUUCGAGCUAUGGUGUGUAGCAGAUGAACAAACCACUGACUCUGAUUUGCAGGCUGCCUUGAAUUGGGCUUGUGGUAAAGGAGGUGCAGAUUGUAGAAAAAUUCAACAGGACCAACCAUGCUAUUUUCCAAACACAUUGAAAGACCAUGCUUCUUAUGCCUUCAACAGUUACUUUCAGAAGUUCAAGAAUAAAGGUGGUUCCUGUUAUUUUAGAGGUGCUGCUAUUACAACAGAAGUUGAUCCUAGUCAUGGUUCUUGUCACUAUGACUUCUUCCCAUGAUGGAAACUAUCAUUGAAGAAUGAAGACUCAAAACAACUGCAGCAAAAGUUAGAGUUGGGGCUUUUUUGUUGAGUAUUAGUUACUUAUGCAAUGUGCUCUAGCUUUUUGCCUUUUUCAUACAUUAUUGAUUAUUGAUACAACUUAGUCUUGCAUUGUUGUUGUUCUCAAUCAAAGUCUGAAAAGUCUUGAAAUCUUUCUUGCAAUCUAGCUUUGCAAUCUUACAAAAAUCAAAAUGG